AUGAAGAAAGUUGACAGGAGGAUGAAGUAUCAGAUCUCCACUCUUUUAGAUGAAAUUUGCAUGGCAGCAAGGAAAGGAUCCCAUAUAUCCCAUCUAUUUGGUCUGGGCAUAGGCCUAGCCUUCGAAUCUAUGAGGCUCAUACCCUCGUGCAACAUUUCCCACGAGGUUCAAAUCUUUCACGUACCCGGCAUGGAAUCUUUGAAUGAUUUUGACCCUCAGUGAAACUCAAACUAGGACGUCUAAUUUUUGCAAUCAUCAGGAUGCAUUGCUCACGCCAUCACAUCUUCACAUUUCUUUCCUUGUGGUGGAGCAUAGGAUAUGCUGUUGCCGAUGACCAUGGAGUUGUGUUUGUUUAUCCACCGAAAGAUCUCACAGUCAACUACCUCGAUACGAUCAAUGUAACCUACACAUCUCUAUUCCCCGAACCCGAACUUUGGAUUUUCUGCCAAAAUGCUUCGGAUCUUACGGCUCCAUUAAUCACUGGUAAGUUUUCAUAAUAAAGUUCCAACUAAAUAACGGUAUGGGGAACAUGGAGACUCACUCAUAGUUCAUCUUGCAGAAGGUCAAACUACAGUCAAAGCCUACAAUGGUACUGCACCCAUAAACUUCAGAUGGCUAGGUGGAUCGCCAUGUUGGUUUGAUCUGAAACCAAACUCCUCGGGUGGUGCAGGUGCGAAUAGUCCGCAUUUCACCGUGGAGCAAACUCAGCGUGCGACACCGAUAACUUUGGGAUUGUAUUCGACGACGUCAACUACGACUUCAACCUCAGCGACAUCGACUCCAACUACUUCAUCAGAUAGCAGUGCUGCGACCACGACAGCUGCAUCAAGUCCGACCGCCUCUUCCGAUGCUAGCUCCAACACUAGUUCAGCUUCUACAUCUCCAACUUCCGCCGCAAAUUCGAAUAAUGAUAAUGCACCAACGGGUGGUCUUUCCGGCGGAGCAAAAGCGGGAAUUGGGAUCGGCAUUGCAAUAAUAGCUCUCUUGGCAUUAGCAGCAGGGUUUUUCUUCUGGCGCCGAAAACGACAAGCAAAGAAAAGCGAUUACACGGUUUAUCCAUCGGAUGUGAAUAUGAACGAAAAAAUGACAGCGGUUCCAUCCUCGGCGGAUUAUGCGCAGAUUCAGCCACAGGAACCAACGGCUUUUGAAAUGUAUGCUCCGGAGCAUAAAUUUGAAAUGCCUGUGACUCACCCUGUGAGGGAAUUGAGUGGUGAUGGGUAUGGAAAGACGAGGUUGGCUUGAUGCUAGGUCGAUGCGUAGUAAGGUGUGGUCACCUAAUUUGGAUUUGAAAUUGUGAUGAAGGUGUCAAAUUCGGAGGACAUACGCAAUGUACGAAUUUUAUGGUUAUAGAUGAUUUGAAAUAAGUUCAUUGAAGUACCACUCUAAGCGCUAGAGCUGAUGCUUUACUAUUCGGUUCUUAAAGAGUUGGGCAUUAGUAGUCUUUUGUCAGAAGACUGGAUGAUAUUCUAAGCUUUCAUGGGAGAAGCUUAAUGAGAAAGGCGAUUUGUAUUGGGAUUCCAUGAGGAUAUUUUUUGGCUUGCAGUACUUGUAUAAUAUGAAUUAAUAUUACGCUACAAAUGCCAUUGGCUAUUGUCUCACCUUCGAAUAUAUCGACUAAUUCAAAUAAAUUCAUUGGCCAAAUGUGCCACGAAU